GCACUGCUAGACCACUACAACAACCCCCGCAAUGUCGGCGCCAUGAAGAAGGGUGACGGUGACGUUGGCACCGGUCUCGUCGGCGCCCCCGCCUGUGGCGAUGUCAUGAAGCUUCAGAUCAAGGUCGACAAGGACUCCAACAAAAUCAGCGACGUCAAGUUCAAGACUUUCGGUUGCGGGAGUGCCAUUGCUAGCUCGAGUUAUCUGACCGAGUUGGUCCGUGGGAUGACCCUUGAUGAGGCGGGUAAGAUUCGCAACACCGAGAUUGCGAAGGAGCUUUGUCUUCCUCCUGUGAAGUUGCACUGCUCGAUGCUUGCCGAGGAUGCUAUCAAGUCCGCCAUCUCCGACUACUACACUAAGAAUCCCAAGGCCGUCAAGACUGACCUUGGUGGUACCGGUGCUGCCAUUCCUGACAUCCAGAUUGAGGUCGAGAAGACCUCUGCCACUGCCUAA